AUGACGGCAGUGGAGUCCCGCGUCGUCGUUGCGACUCCUGCAAACACGAAGGUGAUGAGCGAGAAGGAGAACCACAUCCUGAGGAUCUCAAACUCCCUGAACAAGAAGCUGGAUCACGCUAAGAACACUCCUGAGGCCCCUGAAGCGGCUUGCAACGAGAGGAAGAGGAAAGGCGAGGCGAGGAACGCAUCCAUCGACGGCGGCGAGCAAGAGAACAAUAACAACGGUGGGAGGAAGAGGAGCCUGCCGGCCGAGCGCGAGGCGAGGCUGAAGAGGAAGUCGACGGAGCCUCCUCCCCAGGUGAAGAAUCUGCGAUCGGUUUCUGUGAUAUGCCGCGCCACGGCAAUAGAGGGCGGCUUCCUCCGCCCGCCCCCGUCCCGGCGCCUCGACAUCUGCGCUUUCUACCUCUGCCUCUCCUCCUGCUCCACCAUGACGCCCGUGGAGCUCACGCUGGCCUACCACCCAGCCAUCGGGGACGCGGCGCUGGGGCUAAACGGCCGCGCGCUCCUGCCAGCCGCGCCCGCCAAGGUCACUCUCCGCCGGGUCGCCGCCAACGCGUACGCGAGCGCCGACCGCGUCGCCGCCGCCGAGGUCGCGCGGUUCGUGGUGCUCGCCGCCACCGGGGAGGAGGUCGCGGCGAAGGGUGUCUUCUCCGCGCGGCGCGAGGGGUGGCACGUGGAGUGCCGUCGAGCACUACCCUCGCCGGAGGUGUGUGUGGCGGAGGUGGUGGUGCUCGCGAAGGGUGGCGUGCUGAUGCGGGACAGGGCCCGCGCGGCCGGCCGAGGCGGGCGGAUGCGGUGCGGAGCCACCCGACUGGAGGGGAUACCAGAGGAGGACGCCACCACGGGCCUCUGCGGCUGGUGCCGCUGUGAGUGCGACGACGAUGGGUGGGAGGUGGUCGGGGACGCAGAGUAGGAGGAGCAGGAGGUCGAGAUGGAGACGGUGCGGUGGGCGAUGGAGGUGGGCGUGUGGGCCGUGUGCCUCGGCGUUGGCCUCCUCGCUUUCCAUCGGUGUGGAGCCAUUGGGGCAUCGCGCGUGGGAGACGGAGGCGGGGGCAUGGCCGCGCCAGGCGCCUACACUCUAUUCUUAAUUAGCAGUAGGGAAGAGGUGACAAUACUUCAUCAGUAUAGGUAUACAUUCGAGCCACCUGACCAGGCACGAUCUUACAUGUUUGAAUUUUGA